CACAUAUUUUUGUUGUCUAUAUAUAUACGUCUUAUCUCUCUCUCACAUGUAUUCACAUCCUUUUAUCAUCCUCUUAGUGUACAAAUCAAAAUCAGUCUCUUAUCUCUCUCUCUGUCAAAACUUCUCCAUUUCAGCAUCAAUCCAAUUCUAACUGCAACACUAUAAUCAGAUCCAAAAAUGGCAAACGGAUCCUUAUAGAUCCUAAUGAGUAUGUCCACAUGAUGCUGUCAAGACAUAUAUGUUGUCUAAACGACAGAAGAGUAUACCUUUUCUCUUCUUCGAAAAUCUAUCAACAACCAACAUGGGAUCUCUUGCUGUUCAUUCUGAUCGCGUUGCGAAAUCGUCAUCCAAGUGUUGGUGAUUGCAUUAUUGGGGAACUGAAGCUUAUCUUGUUGUUGUAAUCACUCACAUGUGAACUGAUAUGGGGCGUCCAAAUAAGAAGGGUGGACAAAAAAAGAAAAGUAAGGCUGCAAAAGACACUGAUGAACCAGAAUUUAUAUGUACUGUGGAACCACAGACUGAGGCAGCUGAAGUACAAGGAGAACAAGAGACUGAAGCUGCUGAAGUACAAGAAGAAGAGCAUAGAUCAGAUGUAGACGUGACUGAAGCAGCUGAAGUGACUGCUAACAAUGAGGAAGAAGCUGAAGGUGAGCUUGAGUUGACAGAUGAGAAUGAGCGUCCAGCUAAGCGCAAGAGACAUAGAGGACCAACAAAGAUGAAAAACAUCGCAAAGGAUCCAAAUGUUCGAGAAAGAGUUGACUACACUCUCAUGGGAGAUCCUUAUGGUCCGGGAUCAGUGAAGUUGUCAUCUUAUGUAGGUCCAUUGGUACGGGAACAUGUACCAAUCACAAUUGAUACUUGGAAGAAUGUUAGCGAAGAAAUCAAAACUGUUCUCUGGAAAUCUAUUCAGGCAAGAUUUGAGCUGGAUGAAGAGUUUCAAAAGGUUGCUGUGCUAAAGCAAAUGGGAAAUUUGUGGAGAUCAUACAAAUCCCGCAUAGUGAGGGACAUUAAUGGGGCUACUAAUAACCAACAGAGGAUGAAUCUGAGACCAAAUAAUAUUAAUCCAGCUGAUUGGCAGAAAUUUGUGAAAAUCAAAACAAGUGCAAGCUUUAAGGUUGUGAGUGAUAAAUAUAAAGAAAGGAGAAGGAAACAGAUUCCUCACACUACUAGUCGUAAAGGAAUGGUCAGACUAGCAGAGGAUAUGAAAAUUGAAAGUGGAGAUCCAUCAGAAGUGACUAGGCUGAAGGUGUGGGUCAAGUCGCGUACCAAAAAAGAUGGUACGCCAGUGAAUACGAAUGCAGCUGAGAAGAUUAAAAAGGCAGCUGAGCUGGUUGGUAGUGAUGCUCCAACAUUGACAACAAAUCCAGAAGAAGAUCACCUCUCCCAACUUCUAGGACCUGACAAUCCUGGUCGGCUCAGGGCAAUGGGUAGAGGCAUGAGUAAGACAAAAUUAGCUUGUUUCCAAAUAAAGACCAAAUGUAUGACUGACAUGCAAGAGAAGCAAGUUCAAUUGGUUAAGAAGGUCAAUGAAUUACAAGAGGAAUUACUGAAAAUCAAGAAUCAGGUUAGAUACUUUAUUAGUUCUCAAAUUAUACAUUUAGUUGCUGAGUUAUUACAUAGAUUUUGACUAGUUUUAAAUAUUACAGAGACAAGAAGCUGAAAUAGGUGAAAACUCAGCUGCUAGAGUAAGUUAGAUCACAUCAAUGUCUGAUAUCAGUGAUUCCUUAUUUUUAUUUUAUAAUUGACAUUUUUCAAAUCAAUAUUUUGUAGAGUGUGAACAAAAGAGCACUCCCAAAGUGUGUGUUGUAUGAUUGGUCUCAUUGUGAUGAAAACAUUGCUGAGGGGCGAAUUCUUUCUUCUGAUCCUGAUGACUUGGUGAAUAACUGUCGCCUAGGCCCUACAGAUCUUAAAGUGUUGGUAGAAACUGCUACCAAACCAGAUGCAUUCCUUUGGAGACCAGCAAGUAACAUGUUCACGGUUGAGGAAGCUGUUGGACAAAUAAUUGCUUGGCCAGCCUCUAAGUGUGUUCUAGUUGACAAGGACAUCCAAAUAGAAGAUAUUGCGCCUCUGGGUCUUAGAACAAAUUCUCUGAACAAAUGCAAACUACUAGAUUUGUCUAGCGAUGAAGUGAUUGUUGCUGAAGGUCGUUGGCAGACACAAGAACCAAGCGCAUUGGUUAAUGGACUCCCUCUCGGACCAAAGGCAGUUAAAGUAUUUGUGGAUCAAGUCCAUCAGCCUGAAACUUUUAUAUGGAGGCCUACCAUGGAAAUGACAUACCUUGAGGACUGUGUUAUGGCUUUUGUAUCUUGGCCUGUCAGUAAAGUUGUUUUUGAAAAUUCAACAACAGGUCACAAAUCUCCUCUUCAGAAUUCUGCAGCAACUGUAUCAGGUUCUAAAUCUGUAGCAGGUGCAAAAUCUGCAACAUCAGGCCCUAAAUCUACAACAGGUACAGGUUCUGAAUCUCCUAUUGAGGAUGCAACAGGUACAAGCUCUCCAAUGAAGAAAACUCUUCCAGAUUCACAGUCUCCUCUUCGAAAAUCUCAGCGUAUUAGUAAUCAAGUUGUUUCAAAGGAGAAUAAGAAGUGCAAGCUGAUGGAUAUUACCGGAAGGAAGCGGGUAGUUGCUGAAGGACGAUGGGUUUCAAAUGACCCAGAUAUGAAGGUCCAUUUUGUUCCCUUGGGUUCUAAUGGAGUUAAGGUGUGGGUAGAUAUCGUGAAGGUAAGUGAUGCAGCAGUUUGGAGGCCAUCUGAUGAAAUUGUGAGUUUGGAAGAUGCAUUUGGCACAACUCUUGCAUGGCCAGAUGACAAGGUGAUCAUGUGUUAAACUUCUGCUUGGACAUGAGACUUGGUUUAAUUUAGUAUUCUGUGUUUAGUAUUCAAUGCUGCUUUUGGUACAACUUCUCCUUGGACAUGAGACUUUUUUUUGUAUUCUGUGUUUGGGCUUCUGUAAUAUAUGGAUGUUGGAUUGUUAUCAAUGGGGAUUGUCAGUACUUUUAUAAAA